AUGGGAGGCAGUAGUAGCGAGGGAACUGGCUAUGAGGUUGGUAGUGACUCCAUGAGUGUACUGCGAGAUUUCGCACAACAACUAAUGGCUGAGGUGGUGCGAAUGAAUAGAGGGCAGGAUUGUCCCACAACUGAGAUGAGAUGCUCCAUUAAUCAGUUCACUAGACUAAAGCCAUCUAUUUUCAUAGGAAGUGUAGAUAUGAUUCGAGCUAAGAAUUGGAUCCAGGAGAUCGAGAAGAUCCUGGAUGUUCUGAACUACGCAGAGAAGCAGAAAGUAACUUUUGCAAUGUUCAAGUUGUCAGGGGAGGCAGAGAGAUGGUGGGUGUCGGUAAAGAAGAUAGAGGAGCACCAACCGAUACCAAUAGUGAUGACGUGGGCUCGUUUCAGGGAAUUAUUCUUUGAGCAGUACUUUCCGGCCAUGAUUAGAAACAUGAAGAUGGAAAAAUUCAUGAGUUUGACGCAAGAGUCAUUGACAGUGCAGUAG